AUGGCGAUGGAACAGAGGCCUAAGACGAAGAUCGUGUGCACGCUGGGGCCGGCGUCCAGAUCUGUCCCGAUGGUUGAGAAGCUUCUUAUGGCGGGGAUGAGCGUUGCUCGCUUCAACUUCUCUCAUGGAUCGUACGAAUACCACCAGGAGACACUCGACAAUCUCCGUCAAGCCAUGCUUAACACUGGCAUGCUAUGUGCUGUCAUGCUCGACACCAAGGGACCAGAGAUCCGAACCGGGUUCUUAAAGGAUGGGAAACCAAUUCAGCUGAAACAAGGCCAAGAAAUCACCAUUUCUACCGACUAUGACUUGCAAGGUGAUGAGAAGACAAUAUGCAUGAGCUACAAAAAGUUAGCACAAGAUGUGAAUCCAGGCAUGGUGAUACUCUGUGCCGAUGGUACCAUCUCCUUAAAGGUCCUCUCUUGUGACAAACAAAACGGUACUGUUCGUUGCCGUUGCGAGAACACAUCAAUGCUCGGUGAGAGAAAGAACGUUAAUCUCCCCGGUGUUGUCGUUGAUCUCCCAACACUAACCGAAAAAGACAAACAAGACAUUCUUGAAUGGGGAGUCCCAAAUCACAUCGACAUGAUCGCUCUGUCUUUCGUCAGAAAAGGUUCUGACUUGGUGCAAGUUAGGGAGCUACUUGGAAAACAUGCCAAAACCAUUCUUCUCAUGUCAAAGGUUGAGAACCAAGAAGGUGUGGCGAACUUUGAUGACAUUUUGGUGAACUCGGAUGCUUUUAUGAUCGCUAGAGGUGAUCUCGGAAUGGAGAUUCCAAUAGAGAAGAUCUUCUUAGCUCAGAAAGUGAUGAUCUACAAGUGCAACUUCUUGGGAAAGCCAGUGGUGACAGCGACUCAGAUGCUUGAGUCUAUGAUCAAAUCUCCAAGACCAACAAGAGCAGAAGCUACUGAUGUAGCCAACGCUGUUCUUGACGGCACGGACUGUGUCAUGCUCAGCGGUGAGACAGCAGCAGGAGCAUAUCCAGAGCUUGCUGUUCGCACCAUGGCCAAGAUAUGUGUGGAAGCAGAGAGCACGUUGGACUACGGAGACAUAUUCAAGAGGAUAAUGCUUCACGCUGAGGUUCCUAUGAGUCCCAUCGAGUCGCUUGCUUCGUCUGCAGUUAGAACAGCUACUUCCGCUGGAGCCACUCUCAUAAUGGUGUUGACCAGAGGAGGCAGCACUGCGAGGCUGGUGGCUAAGUACAGACCAGGGAUACCGAUCUUGUCUGUUGUGGUUCCUGAAAUCACGACCGACUCUUUUGAUUGGUUGUGUAGUGACGAGUCACCUGCGAGACAUAGUCUCAUCUUCCGUGGUUUAGUUCCUGUGCUGUACGCUGGUUCGGCUAGAGCCUCCUUUGAUGAGUCAACGGAGGAAACGAUCGAGUUUGCGACUCAGUAUGGGAAACAGAAGAAACUGUGUAAGACUGGAGACUCUGUCGUGGCUCUCCUCCGUGCAGGUAACGCUAUUGUUAUCAAGAUCUUGACAGUCCGGUGA